GGCGGGGCCCGCGCAGCGCGGGCGGAAGUCGCGGCGGCCGCGCGUAGCAGCUUCCGCCGGGGCGGGCGCGGUGCGGGCGGCGAGGGAGCGCGGCGGGAGCGGCAGCGGCGGCGGGGGGAGCACGGAGAGCCGCAACCAUGACGGUGGGGAAGAGCAGCAAGAUGCUGCAGCACAUCGACUACCGCAUGCGGUGCAUCCUGCAGGACGGGCGCGUCUUCAUCGGCACGUUCAAGGCCUUCGAUAAGCACAUGAACCUCAUCCUGUGCGACUGCGACGAGUUCCGCAAGAUCAAACCUAAAAAUUCAAAACAGCCAGAGCGGGAAGAGAAACGAGUCCUUGGUCUUGUGUUGCUGCGAGGGGAAAACCUGGUGUCCAUGACGGUUGAAGGACCACCUCCAAAAGAUACUGGAAUUGCCCGGGUACCCCUUGCUGGAGCUGCUGGAGGACCUGGUGUUGGGAGAGCAGCAGGGAGGGGAGUACCAGCUGGAACUCCCAUGCCACAGGCUCCAGCAGGAUUAGCUGGCCCUGUCAGAGGAGUGGGAGGACCAUCCCAACAGGUGAUGACACCCCAGGGUCGUGGAACAGUUGCAGCUGCUGCUGCAGCAGCCACUGCCAGCAUAGCAGGAGCCCCAACUCAGUACACACCAGGGCGUGGGGGUCCUCCCCCACCCAUGAGCAGAGGAGCCCCUCCUCCAGGAAUGAUGGGACCUCCUCCAGGCAUGAGACCACCAAUGGGCCCACCCAUGGGAAUGCCACCUGGCCGAGGGGCUCCGAUGGGAAUGCCCCCCCCAGGCAUGAGACCACCACCCCCAGGAAUGAGAGGACCCCCUCCACCUGGCAUGCGCCCCCCCAGGCCGUGAGAGUUGUGUAAUGUACCUCUGAACUGGGAGAAGACCAAGGAAGGGGAUACACUGAGCAGUACCACCUGUCAGACCUCUGCUAUGUAUAUUUUAUAUCCACUGCUGGUAAUGUUUGCCCUUUUUAAUAAAGCUGGAAAACCUA